GCCGCCUGCACCGCGCCUGGGACCAGCUGGGCUGUGGCCGCCUGUCCGGAGCUGCCCCGGUCACGCACGGGAAGCAGGGAGAGGAUGAUCUUUGCCGCCCCUGCCAGCCGCAGCAGCCGCAGCCGGUGAAGGAGAGGAAAACAAGCGCAGGGAGGGCUGGGAGAGAUUAUUCAUCAUGUCUGUCAAGAAGGAAGGUGCCCAGAAGAAAUGGGCUGCCGUAAAGGAGAAACUUGGGCCCCAGGAGACUGACCAGUCAGAGGCCAACCUGGAAAAUGCAGAGCCAGAACUAUGCAUUCGCCUCCUACAAAUGCCCUCAGUAGUGAACUACUCUGGUCUCAAGAAGCGACUGGAGAGCAGCGAUGAUGCCUGGAUGAUCCAGUUCCUGGAGCUGAGUGGCCUAGAUCUGCUCUUAGAGGCCCUGGACAGGCUGUCUGGAAGAGGAGUAUCCAGGAUUUCUGAUGCCCUGCUUCAGCUCACCUGCAUUAACUGUGUGCGAGCUCUCAUGAACUCCCACAAGGGGAUCGAAUACAUUGUCAGCAAUGAAGGCUAUGUCAGGAAACUCUCUCAAGCACUGGACACAUCUAAUGUCAUGGUCAAAAAACAGGUGUUUGACCUGCUAGCUGCACUCUGCAUUUACUCAGUGGACGGGCAUGCCCUGGCUUUGGAUGCUCUGGACCAUUAUAAGACUGUGAAGAACCAGCAGUAUCGAUUCAGUGUCAUAAUGAAUGAGCUCUUCGCUACGGAUAACGUGCCUUACAUGAUAACGCUGCUAAGUGUUAUUAAUGCCGUGAUCCUGGGGACUGAAGAACUAAGAAUCAGGACUCAACUCAGAAAUGAGUUUAUAGGUCUUCAGUUGUUGGAUAUUUUAAAUAAGCUAAGAGAUAUAGAGGACGAGGACCUGUUUAUCCAGUGUGAGACAUUUGAGGAGUCCAAGGCCGAAGACGACGAGGAAUUGUUAAAGAUAUGUGAUGGGAUUGACAUGAACAAUCACCAAGAGGUCUUUUCGUGUCUUUUCAAUAAAGUGAGCAGCUCUCCGGUCGCCAUCCAACUGCUGUCCAUUCUCCAGACCCUUUUGCAUUUGGAACCUUCUCAUCACUCCAACCUGUUGUUGUGGGAAUCUUUGGAAAUCUUAGCGAACAGAGCCAUUUUGCUUGCCAAUGACAUCCAAGGGAACAGCAUUGAAGAAGUCCUGGAGAGACUGUUAUCCAUAAAGAAGUGCCCAAACCAACGAAACUUAGAGCAAAAGCGAUCAGCUGAGAGAGUGAGCAAAAGCACUCAGACCGACACAGAUUUCGGGGAGUCCCUGAGUGCAGCUCAGAGCUCUACUACGAGAGCCUUCCCUCCAGCGACAGCAGCACCUUCACCGGGGCAACCAGGAGCCACAGAGAAUGUCUCACCCUCCCAGCUAGCAGCCUGCUCCACUUCACCAGGGCAGUGCAUAUCCCCGCCUAGUGCUGCUCCUCCUCCUCCUCCCCCACCACUGCCCGGCAUGGCAGCUGUGCCAGCCCCUCCUCCCCCACCACCACUGCCCGGCAUGGCAGCUGUGUCAGCCCCUCCUCCCCCACCACCACUGCCCGGCAUGGCAGCUGUGCCAGCCCCUCCUCCCCCACCACCACUGCCCGGCAUGGCAGCUGUGUCAGCCCCUCCUCCCCCACCACCACUGCCCGGCAUGGCAGCUGUGUCAGCUCCUCCUCCCCCACCACCACUGCCCGGCAUGGCAGCUGUGCCAGCCCCUCCUCCCCCACCACCACUGCCCGGCAUGGCAGCUGUGUCAGCCCCUCCUCCCCCACCACCACUGCCUGGCAUGGCAGCUGUGCCAGCUCCUCCUCCCCCCCCACCACUGCCCGGCAUGCCUCCUCCUCCUCCCCCACUGCUCGGCCUGGGAGGCAUGCCUCCACCUCCUCCCCCACUGCCCGGCCUGGGAGGCAUGCCUCCGCCUCCUCCCCCACUGCCCGGCCUGGGAGGCAUGCCUCCACCUCCUCCCCCACUGCCCGGCCUCGAGGGCAUGCCAGCCCCUCCCGCUCCAGAAGGCAAUGUGGAGGAAGUAGUGGUUGCCCACAUUGACUAUGCUUUGGGCUACGCCAGACCUUUCCCCAAGAAGGUGAAGACUCCGACCCUGAGAAUGAAGAAACUCAACUGGCAGAAGCUGCCCUCCAAUGUGGUGCGAGAAAGUCGCUCCAUGUGGGCAUCAGUGAGCAGCGGCAGCGAUGAAACUAUAGAGCCUGAUUACAUGAGCAUUGAGCAGCUUUUUUGUUUUCCGCAAACAAAGCCCAAAGAGAAAGCGGCUACCCCAGUGAAAGUGGAACCAAAGGAGAUCACGUUCUUAGACUCCAAGAAGAGUCUCAAUCUGAACAUAUUUUUGAAGCAAUUUAAAUGCUCAAAUGAAGAGGUAGUUGACAUGAUUCAAAAAGGGGACAGGACCAAGUUUGAUGUGGAGGUUCUGAAGCAGUUACUGAAGCUGCUACCCGAAAAGCAUGAGAUAGAAAACCUGAAAGCCUUCAAGGAAGAAAAAGCCAAGUUAGCAAGUACAGAUCAAUUUUAUCUUCUCCUCCUCAGGGUUCCCAGCUACCAGCUGCGGAUUGAGUGUAUGCUGUCAUGUGAAGAGACCACCGUCAUGCUAGAUAUGCUACAGCCAAAAGCAGAAGCGAUCAGGAAAGCCUGUGAAGAUCUUCUAACGACCCAUCGCCUGCCAGUUUUUUGUCAACUGAUUCUCAAAGUUGGAAACUUUCUUAACUAUGGAAGUCACACUGGAGAUGCCGAUGGCUUUAAAAUUAGCACUUUACUCAAACUAACUGAAACCAAAGCAAACCAAACCCGUAUUACUCUGCUCCACCAUAUUCUGGAGGAAGUAGAGAAAAGUCACACAGAUCUCCUGCAGCUUCCCAAGGACCUUGAAUAUGUCUCAAAGGCAGCCGGAAUUAACCUUGAAAUCAUACGCGCGGAAUCCAGUUCCAAUUUAAAGAAGCUGCUGGAACUUGAACGAAAGGUUUUGUCCUCGAAAGACGACGUGAAAGCCCAGUACGAGACGCCCAUCCAGGACAGCAUAAAUGCAUCAAAGAAGUUGGAGGAGGAGUUUGAAAUCAUUGAAAGGAAGAAGGGGGAACUUGCAAAUUAUCUCUGUGAAGAUGCAAACAAGUUGUCAUUAGAAGAUAUAUUUAGCACCAUGAAAACCUUCAGGGAUCUCUUCAUUAGAGCACUAAAGGAAAACAAAGACCGGAAGGAACAAGCUGCAAAGGCAGAAAAAAGGAAGAAACAGUUGGAAGUGGAAGAGGCUAAGAGACAAAAGGGAGACAACGGGAAGAUCAUUAAGAAAGGGGCCGUGAAGCAGGAGGAGGUGUGCGUUAUUGAUGCCCUGCUGGCCGACAUAAGAAAAGGUUUCCAGUUGCGGAAAACAGCUAAGAACAAGAGUGAGCCAAACGCUGCUCCUAAAGCCUCACCUACCAAAACGCUGAAGGAGAGAGAACCUGGAAAGAGCGUUGAUGCUUCAGAAGCAGCAGCAGCGAAGGAAAGUGCCUAUGAGACCAAGCAAAAGGAUAGCAGUCAGCACACAGAAAACACUCCUGCCUCAGAAGCUGCUGCCAUUGCAAGGGCUACCGGUAAAGUUGUCAAAGAGGCACCAGCUUCCAACGAAGUGCUUCCUAAAGACAGAGCUGGAGGAAAUUCGCCACAACAGCCCUGUACUGACAGGAGCUUCCAACCUUCAGCUGAAGUUGAGGGAACCCAUCAGCCCAACAAUGGAGUGAGUAUUCAGCAGAUCAAUGGCUCAUGUAGCUUUCCAGAGAACGUGGAAUACAACCCCAUUGUGUUUGCGCCAUUGAACCCAGGAACAACUAUAAAGUUUGCAAGCAGCUCUUCAGGCAACUGCAUUGGUUUAGAAGAGGAACUGAACGGCUCCAUCUCAGGAGAUAAAAACAGUGCAUUCGGACCCGCGCAGUUAGAAAGAGGCCCGGUGUCUAAUGAACAAACAUCACAACCAAGUGAUGCAGUUGGGAACGAGGCUAAAACCAGAGUUGAACUAGCACCUGACGGUGCUGAAAUGACUCCAACCAAAGAGUUGAGUUCUCAGCAUACAGAGGUAAGGGAGACAGAGAAAGAAAAUGACCCUGCCGUGGACUCAUUGCUGGACACCUCUCAGGAGAAAUCCUUCUCAGAAGAGCCAGUGACUGAUUCUUCUUGCUCAGCAACAGUCCCUCCGGCGCAAGCACUUACUGACAAGGAAAGGCAAAGAGGGUCUGGGAAACGGAGAAAGAAGAGACGACAGAGCAAAAGCCAGUCAGAGGUUGACAUUGAUACUGGAGAUAAUAAAACCAAAAGUCGUUGUGUGAUACAGUGAGGUGUCACAACAAAGCAGAAGAAUAAAUAACGAGGAGUCAGUGAAAUGCUGACAUAUCCAUAUAAUGCUGCCAUUCUCUGUACGUUCCGCAGUGUUGAAAUUCCAUUACUGAUCAUGUUUGUAGUAAUAUCUUGGGAUGUAAAGUUUCUUCUAAAAUGGUCUUUCACUAAUCCUUCCUUGGGGAGUCUAUGUAUCCAGCAAAUAACCGCCAGAUGCAAGAGACUUAAGCACCUUCAGAAUGUGCCUUAUGUGAAUGCUGCCACGGUCUGAUGCUGAAAACGCUCCAUGCCCAGAACUUCUGUGGAAGCUGAUGGGAGUUCCAUGUAUCGAGGGCUGAUAGGAAUAGGCCUCUGAUAAACUUCAUUUGGGGUCAAAUCUUGCAGUCCCUUCCUAGGCCAAACUCUUACUGAAGACAAUGAGGCCAUGGCCUGGGUAAUGACUGCAGCAUUUUACCCCAUGAGUCAUUUUAAAGACAGUAGUUCCUCCAAAACUGAAUUAUGGGUAAAAUUAGGCACUGUCAUCAGCAUCUGAUUGGAAAUCUGUUACUUCCCACUCUAGUGCCCUACCAACAAUUGGAACUGAUGUUGGACCAAAUAAAAGACCCAAUUCAGAUGAACAUACUUUCCCUUGCUAUCAUUUUAGACAGGGGAUCUCUAUUAAAGGAAAAUGUAUUGUAGUGAACAGCUGGCUGUUUGAACACUAAGGAUUUGUCUAUAUGGAGAGUUAGUUUGUGUCAAGUUGGAGUUCAAAUGUACUGUGCACUCAUGUGGACCCUGGUAACACACACUAGAAGUUUUUCAGUGCACUUUGAUCUACUCCAGUUUCAGUUUGGGGCCAUAUUCUACCUAUUUCAAAUGGGAAUAGAUCAAAGUGCACUACAGAACUUCUAGUGGGCAUUCGGAGGGUCCGCACUGCCUGUUAGUUCGCGUGACAGGCUGGGGUACUGCACUCCAGCUUGCUGCACACUAACUCUCCAUAUACACAAGUCCUAAGGCCUGGAUCCUGCAAAGACUUAAACACACAUUAACUUUAAGCAUGUGAAUAGUCCUCUGGAGUUCAGUGGAACUUCUGACAUGCAUAAAGUUAGACACAUGCAUAAGUCUUUGCAGGUUUGGGGCCUAGAGUAUCUAUUUUGUUAAAGAAACAGGAAGAGAUUUUUCUAGGGUGAUCCAUUCAUAAUAUUUAAAACUAUUAUUUGGCAAAUCUCUGGUUCUGAAUAUUUAUUGCCUGCUGCAUGCACUCAAAGGCACUUGGAAUCAAACUACAGAAUGUUUAGAGUCUGUUUCAGUUUAAAAAAAUAGUUAUGCAAUUUGUGCUUUAAAUCCGGGAACCUGCAGUAUUUUGUGUUAAGAAAUCAGAGCUUUAUUUCUGAAUUAUGUUUUAUAAUAACCUUGUACCAUAUAAUUUUGUACAUAGCUGUCAAUUUAAAAUUCUAUAUGUUUGUUCAAGCUGUAUUGCAAUAUUAGAUUGCAGUGGGAACUGUGUAGAAAAUCAUUACUUUUAGCAAUCAUGCCUAUAUACAGUAACUUGCUUAGCAUAUAUAAUAGUGUUCAGGCUAAGCUAUUUUGCAUUGCUUAUUAAGACUUGAUCAAGUGUCAUUUACUAACAUCUGUACUGGACGAAGUUCAGAAUUAAAACAGGGGCUACCUUUAACUAAAAACUUUGCUUGGAGUGUGGUGAAAAUUGGUUAACUACAGCAACUACCAGUUUAGAAUGGAGCGCUGCCAUUAUCAGAUUCAGCUGCGGAAAUCCUCUGUAGCAGUGUAGCAAAGCUGCAUUUGAAAUCAAGUUCACCACUGGUGUAAAUAUGUAGAGGUUCAUUACCUUCAGUGGAGCUAUCAGCAGUGAAUGUGACCCUUCGUCAUGAGAAAAAAACCACACACACACACACAAAAGAGCUUAGGGGUCAAUCACCGUUGUAAUGGUGAUGGCUGGAGGGCUAGCUGCACCCAGCUCCCUUUUUGGUCUCUCUGGAUGCACCCCCUCAAGUGUCAGGCCUUUACCUAUCCCAGGGUGGAAUUCUACAGUUCUCCCAUUCAGACUGGGAGCUGGGCUUCAGUACCCUGGGACUCAACCAUGCUUACCCAGCAGGUCUGAUUGGGUUCCGCAUUUAUGGUUCUUCCCUUCAAGAGCUGGUGGUGUAUAGUGACAAAACUGCCUUAUUGAAACCGGAGUAUUGAUCGUUUUACUUAUAGUAACAAAGCAUGUAGAGAAAAAGCAUUUUAGGACAAAUAGUCCACACUUGUCCAUCUUACCCAAAGGCUUACCAUCCCCUCAGGGUCACCUAGUCAGGCCUAAUUUCUUCAGACAAUCCAGCGAAUGCCUGCAUCUUAGUCUGGUUCCCCCAAACGACAACUCGUCUCUCUGCAGAGAGCACCCCUUCCUAAACUGUCAGAGUUCCUUUGUUCUCACAUUCUUGGCCUUUGUCCCUUUGGACAAAACUAGUUUUGCAGGUUGGCUUGGGAGGAGGUAAAAUAUUGAUGCUAUAAGAGUAUGGGCAUUGCUCACUGAACAACACUCAAGUGUUUGCUGAGAUGUGGCUUAUCCUGAGCCAAUCUUCUUCCCUUCCUGCUUGUUUUCUUUAUAGCCACCUACUAAACUAAACCAAUAUAUUCACACAGUAAACGUCCCAAAAGCCAGGUCAACACUCACUGUUCAUAAAUCAUGACAGAGCAGUUCCAAUUUUGUCACAGGAAUAAUUUAGCAAGAGUACAGGUGACUGAGACAGGGUGGGAAGAGGAAGGCUGUCUGAGUGGGAUGUCUAAUUUUGGGCUGUAUUUUACCUGUGAUCUUUGCGAGAAGCGCCCACCCAUUUUCUCCCAAAAGAACUAAGUAUUCCUCAUGAUUUCUUACUAGUCACCUCAGGGCCAAAUUCAGUGCUGGUGUAGGCAAGGCCUUUCUAAUUUGUUUCAGUGCAGUUGCAUCCAUUUAUGCCAGCAGAGCAGUGAAUUUGGCCCUCAGAAAGAAAUUCACUUUUCUUUCAAGAAUUUUAGUAUUGAGCAGCAUCUGCAUGAUUAAUCUAUGGUAUAAAUAAAUUCAAACACCUUUUUUUCAAGUUCCUUGCAUUAGAGGUAGGUGUUUUUUUUCUUCUUUGUUUCAACAUUUUGAAGAAAUAGUUAAAAAUUUAGAAUUAAAAAAAUGGAAAAGAUGAAUUCACAACUUUCCUGUUUGUUGCGGGGUGGGGAGGAUUCCACACUAUUUUGUAUGGUUACAGAUAGUUAUGGUGAUUAUAACUAUAAAGUUAACAUAUUACAUUGUAGCCUAAAUAAAUAUUCCUACUGGAAUCACUAACUUAACACAGUCUUAUCCCAGAGAAUCUCAGUCCUUCCCGCAGUGAAAAGAAACAGAAAAUAAAUCAAAUUGUGAAACUAAUAGUACAUUUCACUUUUCAGCUGCAUUCCUUUUCCACCCCUCUCCAACAUCUGUACAGUGCCUAAAGCGUCAUCCUGCAAAGGCUAUGCACAAGCUUAACUUUAUGCACUUAAGUAGAAGCCACAGAAGUCAGUAGGUCAAGUUAAGCAUGUGUGGCAAUCUUUGCAGGACGAGAGCCUUACACUGCAAGCUCUUUGGACUUUGUCUCCUACUUGGCUAUUAAGCACACUGUUGGUGGCAUACAGUUAGUAAUAAUUUUCACAGAGUUAUUUUCUCUCAUACUGACCUUGUCUAUGAAUUUACAAUAGUUUUUGACUUUCACAUGGUGCUAACAAUUUCCACAUUCAGUACAAUGUCAAUGGGAGUUGUGUGUAGAAUGGGGCUAAAAUGGCUUUUGUGUACAAAAGUUAUGCAAAUACCUGUCUGCCAUGGUCUCUUCAUUAUUUGAUUCACUUGUUAUGUGCUAUUUGGGAGAGAAGACUAGAGAAGCACCAAACUGUCCGUUAAGGAAAUUUACAGAUAAAUGUAAAAGUUAACCAAUUUUCAUCCCUUCUAAAUGUAAAGCUUAGUUCUACAGCUUAAUGUUUCUGGCUUUCUGUAUGUAAAGGAUUGGUUUUCUGUACACAGUACUCUAUUUGGAGUAAAAGAUAGAGCUUACCAAUAAUAAAUCAGCACUAUAUGAAA